CCCCAUGAAAACCCUCCUCCAAACAAAGUGACAGAAAGGAAAGCAAGAAAGAAAGAGGGGCAGGCACAGACAAAAAAGGUUUGCGAGUGGAGGAAAAUGGCGAUUCAGUUUCCGGACGAUUUCAAGUGCCCGAUUUCACUCGAGAUCAUGUCCGACCCGGUUAUCCUCUCAUCGGGCCACACCUUCGAUCGCUCCUCCAUCCAACGUUGGCUGGACGCCGGCCACCGCUCCUGCCCAGUUACUAAACUGCCUCUCCCCGAUAACCCUUCCCUCAUCCCCAACCACGCCCUCCGCAGCCUCAUUUCCAACUUUGCCCUCGUCUUCCCACCAAAACCUCAACCCUACCCCGAGCCCCAGACCCUGAUCUCCAAUCUCACCUCCCCCUCCUCCUGUCUCAACUCAAAGCUCGACUCUCUCGACCAACUCACCAAGCUCUCCAAGCGGGACUCGGCCUUCCGACGGAGAAUCACCGAGGCUGGCGCAGUCUCGGCCGUCCUCAACUGCGCCGCCUCCGACUACUCUGGUCUCCAAGAGAAGUCGCUCUCUCUGCUGCUCAAUCUCAGCCUCGACGACGAUAACAAAGUGGGUCUCGUCGCCGAGGGCGCGAUUUCGCGGAUAGUUGCCGCUCUGCAAACAGGCUCGGCUGAUUCGCGCGCCCUGGCGGCUACAAUUAUAACAAGUUUAGCUGUUGUGGAGGUGAACAAGGCCACGAUUGGAGCAUACCCAUAUGCUAUACGAGCCUUGGUUUUUCUUCUUCGUGACGGCAAAGGCCGCGGGAAGAAGGAGGCGGCGACGGCGCUCUACGCCCUAUGUUCUUUUCCCGAUAACCGGAGACGAGCCGUGCAGUGUGGAUCGGUACCGAUUUUGAUAAGAAUUGCGGAUUCGGGGCUCGAGAGAGCCGUGGAGGUAUUGGGUCUUCUGGCGAAAAGUAAGGAAGGGAGGGAGGCAAUGGAGAGGUUCGAUGGGUGUGUGACGGUUUUGGGGAGAGUGGUCAAGAAUGGGAGCUCGAGAGGGAUUGAGUAUGCUUUUUUAACGCUGAACUCGCUUUGUUGCCAUAGCGAAGAAAUGUGCGCGGAGGCGAGGAGCGAAGGGGUUUUGGAUCUUUGUAUGUGUUUUGUGGAGGAUGAUAAUGAGAAGAUUAGGCGAAACGCUUCCAGCUUGGUUCAGGUUCUGAGUGGAGGGCACUCGAUGCGGUGAUUUUGCUCUCGGAAAAUUCGAUUUUGCUGGCAAAGAGUUGGUGUUGUGAUCGCUGUGGAGCCAUAAUUAUUAAACUACAAUGCAGCAUUCUAUUACUCGAAAUAGGAUCAACCAGCCUUGCUUGGAAGCCAAUCAGCUCAAAUGCGGGAAGUAAAUCUCUAGCUGUCGUCUUCGUUCCCAGAAAAGUGAGAUGAGAUAGUAUGAAAAUAGAAGUUUAUUAGCUUGGCUGGCCUGAUGCUUUAAUUCAGUUCUUUGUAGUUAAGAGCUGUCACGGCCAGCACUUGUGUCUUCAGACUGCUAUUGGGGUGUCAGAUUGUUGAAUUGUCUUUUCGAAAGGACAAUUGCUUUUCCAAGAUUCAGGAUGUCCAGCUUCUCUUAACCCUUGAAAUCUGUGGCGGUUCUUGUUAAGCAUGUUGUAGUUAGUUAUUACAGUUCCAAGUUCCAGUCCAGCUAUGAUUUCCUUGUUACACAACACACUUGUUACUUCUUGCUCGUGUGCUGAAGAUAUUCUUCUACUUCUCAAGUGACUUGCUUUUCAAUAUUGAAGAUGAUAACAUACUCUUGCUGAUUAA